GCUUAUCACUGCAUAUUAGCCCCCGCUGGUGUUCCGGUGCCAAAUCUUGUUGCUGGGAACCUGAUAGCUACUUAAUCGCACCAUCAUCGCUGCGCCCAUAGUCCCUUUCUUACGCUUUGGAAGCCCCAAGCAAGGCGGACUCUGGCUGGAUCAAGCGUCUCGAUCCGUUGUUCCUUAACCUCAACCUCGCUUCUCCACCUCCGGGGUGCUGCUUUAACCUUGAAAAAUUUCCUGCGAAAUGCAUAGUGGACAUGUAGACUCGGUUGAUUCUAGUGAUCUGUCCCGUAUCUUACCUAAUGUCCCCAAUCAUGCGGGAUCGCCCGGUGCCUCCGAGGCAUUGGCAACCUAUCCGUCCCACCAGUUCACCAGGCAUCUCACUUACGGUGGUGGUCACCCGAACGUUUCCAACACUUCAUCAUGGUACCCGAGUUUUGACCUCUCAGCGGGCUCGACCCGCGUUCCUCCGCCACUCCCCACUAUAAGUUCUUUUUAUCGUCCAAUUCCUCAAGCUGAGCUGGCAGAUCUCUCCGUUGAGACCCAUCCACAAUCCCGUGGUAGAUCACAGUCAAGCGCUAGCCGCCCACCUGUCAUACCAAAGAGAUGGAGCGAGUACACGGGCCGUGAUUUACCUAUCCCCAGUAUGAUCGCCGAUUUACCCCCACAGCCCCCCCUUCCUCCAAAGCUAAUAAAAAACCACAGCACCCUCGGCCUCCACCUCUUCCACCCAAAGUGCCGGCUCCUCCUCUGCCCCCCUCCCGGCAUCCCUCCUACCUCAAACCCAGAAUUCCUGGGACGCCAGGAGGAUAUCCCACGACCGCUUCCAGCAUGGCAGCCCUCACAGUCUUCGGAGCCGCCAUCUUUUUCGGCGCCUUCACCUCUCCCUUCAGCAUCCCCUGUUUUCCCUCUGCAUGAUAUUGUUACAACCCCGCUUCCUGAUGACGAGGAAGAUGAGGGGUUUAGGCGUGCUAUCUGGGAGUCCCAAAGGUCGUACGAGGAAGCCACUAAAAACAGCACUCUUUCUUCGGUAAAGGAUGGAGGGAUGUCGUCUGACCUCGAAGUCAGAAGUGCGAAGUUCAAUGAAGACGAAGACGAAGAGGAGGAUUAUGGCCUCCGCUUAGCCAUCCAAGAAAGCCUCAACAUCUCCGUCACAUCUUCUCCAAUACAGCAAUCUGAGUCCGAAGUUGGACACACUUCCGAAGAGACUGGUGUUCCUGUGAACCCCAUGUUAAAUCCCGAGGUAAUUGCGACGAAAUAUGGACCCGCUAGCCCGCAAUCCUCCCUAUCGUAUGCAUCACUGUCAUCAGUGGAUCCUCCGACACCCAUUACAACGUCUCCUGUCUCCCUCUCCUCGCAACCGUUUUUUCAUGAUAUCGUUCCGAACACGUCAUCCCCAGACUAUCUCCAACAAUUACCGAGCUACGUGUCCCCUUCCACUCCUGGCUCCGGAGGCCCGAUACCGUUUAGGACAUCCCCCAGGGGCAAUGCACCUCUCAGUGCAGGAGAUUCACAGAAAGAGUUGCAACUAUCCAGCGUCCCUCGAAAACCAAGCUCAGACUAUUUCCCACAGGUGCCGAGCUACACGCCUCCUUCCACCUCUGCUUCGAAAGGUCUGAUACCACUUAGAACGUCUCCUAGGGGAGAUUCACAAAGAGACUCACAAAUGCCACCGAAUUAUGCCCCUCGAAACUCAAGUCUCUCUCAUGAACCAUCCUCCGCAACUCCGCACACUAUCACGUCUGAAGGUCCCAGAUCUGAUCAUUUUUCAAAGACCAUCCAGCAAUCCAUGCUCCUGAGUCCUCCAAGUCAAGUCCCUAGCUAUGCUGCGUCGGUUGCUCCGACAACUUCGCCCACGCUGCGAACAUCACCGAGUUACAAUAGCACAAGAACCCAACUUAAUGUUCCUACCAACACAGAUUUGACGCAGUACCCGCCGAGUCUUGAACCCCCUCGCAUGAGACCUCGGGCUGGAUCGCAUUCUGACACUGUACAAGAUGCUUCUCCCAGCAUUUCAACCCGCCCACCCUUGGCAAGGACACGAACACUUCCAGACACAGAACCAUCAAACCUACCACCACCAAAUGUGGUGCGUCCUGAUCUUUCCCAGGAGUCCUAUCUCGGCGACCUUAUGCGGGGAGUGUGUAGCCAUCCCUUCCCGGAUGAAAUACCCUGUGAAGCGCACGAAGCCUUCUUUAUUGCCGUCCCUAACUUUCGCCAACUUCUUCGUCUCCUCGCUUCCCUUGGUCAUGCUUUUGUUGAAGCGUCCCAUAAAGCACGCAUGGCGAUUGACAUGAAUGAAGUCUACCUGCGUCCCACCCUCCAAUUUGUUCGCAGGCCUGCAGUCACGAACGAGUGGGUGACCGUCCUUUGGUUCGAGGUUGCCAAACCUCAAAAUCGGGUAAACGGCGCUGGUGCGGGCCCAGUGUCACAGUCCUUGUCGCCAUCUUCCAAGAGCACGGAUACUUCCAGAAGGCCGUAUCGCACUGCGUUACCAGAGGCAGUUAUUCAUAACCUGGGUCAUGGCUCGCAGGUGUUCGUCUGCCAAGAUCCUUUACUGCCUCUGCCUCGUAAACUCCCAGAUGUCACGAUCUAUCUCCAAAAUCUACUUGCUGAGUCUCGGCGCUCAAACGACUCUUCCGGUUUACGCCGAUUGAGCAAGAUCGUUGAUUCAUUGUAUCCAAAGGAUGAUGAUGCUGCCCGAGAAGUUGGAGGGCAAGUUCAGGCCACCGGCGGCCGCCGAGUCGACGACUCAACAGUAAUGCCAGGCCGUAAGAAAGGUGCUAGGGGAGGGAACGAGGAAAUCUAUGAUCUAGUCACGCCGUUCAGGCUCAAGUAAUUCUUGCGUAUC